AUGAGAUGGGUGGGGUUGCUUCUCAUUGGGGUCUACUUAUACGGUGCUAUCACUUAUGCCAAAAGCAUAAGAUAUCCCAGUAAGAUCGUCACCACUGAGAUGCUGUACAGAAGGCUGGGAGAAGCGGGCGAUGGAUUGUCAGAAAGUUAUUACGCCUUCUCCUGCCCCCAGGUCUUCUCUGUAGUGAGCCAGCAUAUCGAUAAGUUCGUCACAGCAGACCCAACUAUGGCAGGAGGCUUGCAGCGAUUACAUUUCCACGACUGCUUCGUCAGGGGCUGUGAUGGAUCCGUCCUGUUGAAUUCCACAGCCUUCUCACUCGCUGAGAAGGAUGCCCAGCCGAAUGCUGGUUCUCUGAGAGGCUUUGAGCAAAUCGACGAAAUCAAGGCUGCUCUCGAAGAGGUUUGCCCGGACACUGUAUCUUGUGCUGAUCUACUGGCCCUCGUUGCACGUGAGGCCACUGUGAAAGCCGGAGGCCCGAGCUGGUCAGUGCCCUUGGGACGCAGAGAUGGCUUCGAGUCUCUAGAAUCUGAGGCCAGUGCCCACAUUCCCUCUCCGCAAUCUAACUUCAGCACUCUGGUGAAGACUUUUGCUGCGGCGGGAUUCACUGCCCAGGAAAUGGUCGUUCUCUCGGGUGCACACACCAUAGGCCGUGCGAGGUGUGGCGCUGUCCAGCCCCGUCUGUACAAUUUCUCUGGAGUCGAGGGCCUCACUGACCCGAGCCUUGAUCCCAUCCUCGCCGACGAGCUCAUUUUGCAGUGUCCUCCCAACAACGUGAAGAACAUUAUCGCCAUGGAUUCAACUCAAGACACUUUCGACAUUGUCUACUUCAAGCAGUUGCUGGUCAACCAAGGACUCUUCUUGUCUGAUGCUGCCCUCAUUACCAAUCCACUCGCCCUCGAUUACGUGACCAGACUGUCGGAGUCCAGGUCCACCUUUUUUGCCGAUUUCGCAAUUGCCAUGGAAAAGCUAGGCACCAUUCAGCUGUUGACAGGAUCUGCCGGAGAGGUCCGUAAGAGAUGUGCUGUUGUCAACAGCAUUUAG